ACAAUUUUUGUUUGAAUUUUGGUAUUGUCAGUAUUGUCACAUUUGACAUUUUCUGAAAAAAUGGCUGGUGUGCUGGCGAGAGUAAUUCAGAGGACUAAGCCACAAUUGGGCAUUAUUGGCCCUUUGGUGAGCAUCGGUAAUAGUAAUGUUGCUGUUGUACGCUUCCAAAGCGCCGACGCUGCUCCUCAGGGCAAGCAAUGUGGUGCACCAAUUUCUGACAGCGACAGAAUCUUUACGAACUUGUACGGGCGUCAUGACUGGAGGUUGAAGGCAGCUAUGUCUCGCGGAGACUGGUACAUGACCAAGGAAAUAUUGCUGAAGGGCAACGCUUGGAUUGUCAAUGAGCUCAAGGUGUCAGGUCUCCGUGGUCGUGGUGGCGCCGGUUUCCCCACUGGUAUGAAGUGGUCUUUCAUGCAGAAGCCUUCGGAUGGUCGUCCUAAGUACCUUGUAGUAAACGCUGAUGAGGGAGAACCUGGUACUUGCAAGGACAGGGAGAUUAUGAGGCAUGAUCCUCAUAAGCUGGUGGAAGGUUGCCUGAUCGCUGGCAGGGCUAUCGGAGCCAUUGCUGCUUACAUCUACAUCAGAGGAGAGUUCUACAAUGAAGCCAGUAAUCUCCAAGUUGCUAUUGCUGAGGCCUACCAAGCAGGUUUGAUUGGUAAGAACGCGUGCGGUUCUGGCUACGACUUCGACGUGUUUGUGCACCGUGGCGCUGGAGCCUACAUCUGUGGCGAGGAGACUGCACUCAUCGAGUCUAUCGAAGGCAAGCAGGGCAAGCCACGUCUAAAGCCUCCAUUCCCCGCUGACAUCGGUCUGUUCGGAUGUCCCACUACUGUCAACAAUGUUGAGACUAUUUCCGUGGCACCUACAAUUUGCCGUCGUGGUGGAGCUUGGUUCGCAUCAUUCGGCCGUCUCCGUAACCACGGUACCAAGCUGUACAACAUCUCCGGUCACGUGAACACUCCCUGCACCGUCGAGGAGGAGAUGAGCAUUCCUCUCAAGGAGCUCAUCGAAAGACACGCUGGUGGCGUCAUCGGAGGCUGGGACAACUUGCUGGCCAUCAUCCCUGGUGGUUCAUCUACACCUCUUAUUCCUAAAAGUGUAUGCGAGACAGUGCUAAUGGACUUCGACGCCUUAGUAGCAGCGAAUUCGGCCUUCGGUACAGCGGCCAUCAUCGUGAUGGACAAGUCCACAGACAUCGUGAAGGCUAUCGCUCGUCUCAUUAUGUUCUACAAACACGAGUCCUGUGGACAGUGUACGCCCUGCCGUGAGGGAGUCUCCUGGAUGAACAAGAUUAUUUACAGAAUGGUCGACGGAAAUGCUUCGCCUAAAGAAAUCGACAUGUUAUGGGAAAUCUCCAAACAAAUUGAAGGUCACACAAUCUGCGCGUUAGGAGACGGUGCAGCGUGGCCCGUACAAGGCCUUAUUCGACACUUUAGGCCUGAGCUGGAGCGCCGUAUGGCGGCCUACGCCUGUGUCUGCGGGCCAAGCAAGGCCGAACGACUUUACUAGUUAGAACCAACUAACAACUUGACACUAAAACCAUCUUGCAGUGUGUUGAGAUAUACAGAACACAUUAUGUAUUAAAUAGGGGACGAACCUGUACAAAGAUUUAUUUUAUUAUAAUAAAGUUGUUUUUUAUGUUACAAUUAUGUUUAAAUCAAAUUGUUCGACGUCCAUGUCCAAUUUUUAUAAGUUUUUAUUGUUAAAUAGACAUAUUUGUGAGGUCCUUUUUGAUUUUCCAAAUCGAAUUAUUUACGAAAAGAUACGUAAUGAAGAAUUUAGUAUUCGUUUAUGGUUCUAUAUUUCACAACAUGUUGCAAUGUCGAAAUUAAUUGUACAUAGUGACGUCAUAGGCUCGCAGAUAACGUGUCACUAUCAUUAUUUAUUAUUUUUAUCUAAUUUUCCUUCUAGUUUCCAUACAUUUUCCUCUUAUUUCUCUUAAGAGUAUUUGUGUCUAUGUGAUAACCGAUAAUUUUUUAAACAUUUAGAAGUACAAUCGACCAAUUGUUUAGAACCAUGGCACCUAUAAUUGUUUACAUACAGACUCGCGGUUUUGUCCCUUUGAGGUGGACAGAAACCACGUAACUUAAAUAGUACCUAUUACGCUAGCCUGUGAAAUCAAUUUCACCACAAAUAAAUGAUUAAAUUAAUUUAAAAAUGAUGUUAAUAAUGAAAUAGUUACAAAUAUUUCACUACCUUGUCAUUAAGCGGGAAUUUCGUCGAUUGUACAAAAUAUUUUCAUUAGAUCCUUAUUUAUAUUUCUUGCUAUGUAAACUAGGAUUCGUAUAUACAUGUAUAUGUGGCUAUAUUAUAUAUUUCCAAUCUGUGACUCUCGCCGUUACUGUCAGCACACGGGUGAUCAAGUAAUUUAGUUAAUUUUGUAUAAUAUUGUAAUUAGAAAAUAAAUGUUCUGAGAAUUAUUUUA